ACAAGCCAUCUGUAGAUUUGAAAACAAGAUCUUCGCGUGGCCUCGGCUUGGUAGGCAGGCAUUCGGCCAAUUCGGCGGCGCCGUAAGGUCGUCUUGUGCAGCAUGUAGCGCCGUGCCAAGGCUUCCGUCAUUUCUACAGCCUUCAAAUUGCCCGUAAAGGGACCACCCGAUUGCUCGACUACUUAUGUCGAGCAGCUUCUAGCCCCUGGCACCAAAAGGUCUCUGGCUCGGCUGCUCCGAAACAGUUCCAGGUAACCGCUGCCGCGGCCACCACUGUCGUGUUGUUGCUGCUGGCUGGCGCGUCGCGAUCGCGCACCUCAUGCAUCCUAGCCCGCUUCAUUGACCCGCGCUUUGCUGGAAAUGGACCAAGCUGCCGCCGAGGAAGCUCGGAGGGAGCGCGACCGGCUCUACGUGAGCGACGAGGAAGCGACUUUCACCCACGACGAGGUUCUGCCGCCGCUGCCGGUCCCGCCGCUGAGGCACACCAUCGACAAGUACCUAGACUCGGUUCGUGUUGUUGUGUCAGACGAGGAGUAUGUGCUCACCGAGGGCAUCGCCACCGACUUCGAGAAUGGCAUCGGUGCCAAGCUCCACCAGCGGCUCCUGCAAAGGGCACAGCACUCCAGAAACUGGCUGGAGAAGUGGUGGGAGGACAUGGCAUACCUGUCCCAGCGGCAGCCUCUGCUGCCGAACUCGCACAUGGCCGGCACGUUCGCGCUCUUCGAGGACGCCUUUCAAUUCCAGGGCGGCCGCAGCCUCUGGGCGGCGCGGAACAUCACCUACUACCUCGACUUCUGGGCACUCCUCAGAAAGGAGAGGCUGAAGCCGCAGUCAUUCCGCAAAAUUCCGUGGACCAUGCACCAGUUCAGGAGGUUCUUCAACACUGCGAGAAUACCUGCCGGAGGGAAAGACGAGCUCAUCUGCAAGUUUUUGACCGAGGCGGAGGAGAGCUAUGCGGGCGAGUCUCCCACCCACAUUGUGGUGCUCCAGAGCGGCCGCAUGUUCACCUUCGAUCUGCUGAACGAGCUGCGAGAGCCUCUGACGGCGGCCGAGAUCACCGCUCAGCUGAACCGCAUUGAUAACGUGUGCACUAGCUUAGGUCCUGGUGCAGGCGUGGGCAUCCUCACACAUGGAGACAGGGACAGUUGGGCCCAGAAUCGCAAAUUUCUACAGGCAUUACACCCUGAUAAUGAGCGUUGCUUGCAGCUGAUUGAGGAUUCUAUGUUUGUGCUUGUCAUGGACGAUGCUUCACCCAGGAACAGGCAAGAGGUAUUGAGUGAGUGCUUGAAAGGUGACCCCAGAAAUCGCUGGUUGGACAAGUCAUACACAGUUGUCGUCUUCAGUAACCUUGCUUUGGGCUCUUCGGCUGAUCACACACCAUUUGAUGGGAUGGUUCCUGUUACCUGUGCUCAUUACGUACACUUGACAUAUCUGGCAACAAAACUUAACCCGAAUGAUGGAACUGUUCGUGCUGCCCUUCCGAUGCCAGAAGAGCUGAAGUUUCACCUGGACCAUACUCUGGAGUCGGAGAUGGAGCGUGUGAAGUCCGAGUACUACGCCUUGUGUGACAACUUGGACGUGGUGUGCGAUGUCUUCACCGGCUACGGCAAGGGCUUUAUGAAGCCAGUGCGAAUCCAUCCAGAGGCGUUCCUGCAGGUUGCAAUCCAGCUGGGCUACUACAAACUGCAUAGAAAACCAGGUGCAACGUACGUGACAGCAUCAACACGAGGCUUCUAUCAUGGCCGAACAGAGACGUGCCGUGCUUGCACACCUGAGUUGGUGGAGUUUGUCAAGGCUGCUACAGAUGGCAAAACCUCGAUAACAAGAGUCGUCACGCUCUUAAAAGAAGCCGUGCAAAAAUUCGAAACCCUGAUGGUAGAAUGCUGCAAGAACUACGGGUGUGACCGCCAUUUGAUGGGCCUUGCACUCACUGCCUUGGAAGAUGGCACGCCCAUGCCUGACCUCUUCCUGGACCCUGCAUUUGUCAAAAGUGGUGGCAACGGGAACUUCAUAUUAUCAACCAGCUGCAACGGCUACACGCCACUGAUCGGCUGUGUGGCUCCGAUGUGUACAGAUGGCUAUGGCGUCUUCUACAGCAUUGAAGAGAACAAGGUCAUCUUUGCCUUGUCUGCCUUCAAGGAAAGUGACGAGACUGACGCACGGACGUUGUAUCAGCACAUCGUGCACGCGCUGUUUGAUUUGCAGGGUAUGCUGCUCUCGGCCAAGCUGUGACACGUGACGGCCGAGGCCAUGCUUGCGUGUUUUAACGCUUGUGGAGACGCCGCGCGUGCUGCCCAAUGUAGAUCAGCCGAAGACCAAGGGCAGCGCUGGGCGUGUUCAUAACACUGUGAUUGUACCUUGCGUUUUAUUUUUCUGACGGUUUUCGAUUUAGCCAUAUUUCUUUAUUAGGUAGGUGUUUGUAUUGUUCUUUUUUUAACCACGAUGAUGUAUAUUUUGCGACCCUAUUUUUUACGAACAAUGCACGGCAAUUGUAUUCAGGUAUGCUGUUUGUAUACACAAGGUAUUUACGAGGAAGGAGGUGUACAGCCGCAGCUUUUCUGCACAAGAUUCUCCUUUUUUAUGUUAUUUCUUCAACUGUGCUUUUUUCACAGACUCGCGGAAAAAACAUUUGCGCUAUAAAAGGCGCAUGGAAGUAGUAUACUUAUGUGCGUAAGUUUUAUAAAGCCCCCAAGUUUAAGACUGCGAAUGGUAUUCAUUGCCCUUAUCAUUACGUUACGUGAACCUUCAAGUACUUAAGCUGGGCAAUGGAAUAUAUUUCGUAUGCGGGGAUAUGCGAACAUUUGGGUUUUAGGGCAUGGAUUGGACAGCACCUGAUGAAGUCAUUUAGGUUAAUGUUUGCAAACUUAAUGUUUGAGUCAUGAAUAAUUCGAACUACGACGGCAAAUCACACAGUCCUUGCCCCCAUUUUUAAUUAGCUAGAAUAAGGUACGUACAGGUAAUUAGAAAUAUACAUACUAUUAUACGUACCCUACACUAUUUUUUCCACAUAGUCCCCACACUAGUUCAGACAUUUCUCCCAUCGCAACUCUAAAUUUAAGCUACCCAUGUGGUAGAAUUCGUCUGGCUGACUGUGGAUUGCCAUGUAGCCUUUUGCCAGCUCGCAACACCACUACCUCACACUUCUCAAAGCAAGACACCUUUCCCCAUGCGUGGGCUGCAUAUCCCUGUAGCUUUCGAUGGGCAUCCGUUUCUUGCUCCAUUGAAAACUAAUCGAAAACGUUCGUUGCUCGUAUGCCUUGUACGUGGGAAGCACAACUGCCAUCUUCAUCAACUGAUGGCAGUGUCGUGCCAUGGAGGUACUGGCAGAUAAAAUCGGCCCAGUCCAAGAAAGAUCCACCGCUAGAAAUGGAUAUGUUGACUUCACAUUUACAGCCAUAAUUCGAAAAAAGAAAAAUAGGGGCAAGGACUUUUCUGAUUUUCCCUCGUACCAAAGUGUAGCUCUGCUCACAUGUGAAUGUAGAUCUGAUAUAUAGUAGACUUACAGAAGGCCACUUAGAUUGCUUGCCAAAAUCAUGCCAAUCUUAUUUCGUUUGAGCACCAAAAUUGGGUCACGCUAAAUUGAUUGGUUUGCAUUCUCACACAAGUGCACCACUGUUGCCAACAAGAUAGCUUUCGUAUGAGAGAUGACUUGAAUAAAUCAGAGGUGUAAUCAUCUUGGAGAUGCAAAACCUGCUCCCACAGUUGUACAUCACCACCGGUAAAGUGUUGUCAGCCAUUCAUAACAAAAAUCCUAUCGAAUAAAAUGUGAGAAUUAAAGAAAAUGCAACUGUGCCAGUUUAAUAUGGUUUUUCACCAUGGGAACCCACCUAUUUUCGAAACAGCUAGGUAGUCCUCAACAACACUGUAGGAAGGCUGCAAGCUUUGCUUUGCAGCUUGACUCGACCUGUCGAAUCCUAUGCAUGAGCUAUGCUAUGAGCUGAGCACGCUCUGGACAGCCUCUCGAUUUCUCGCCAGCUCAGAUCUCUAAAAUUAAUAGUAAAGUUCAAUUAACAGCACCUAGCUGUUUUCUUACAAUGCAGUGACAACAGCAACGUUCAUCAUGACGUCUUUGAUAAUCGUCAUUUCAUCAGACCUGUGGCACAGCUGCUGGGGGGUUUCCAUCAUCUUAUUUUGCUACAGCAGUGUUCCUUGGAGACCAUCUCUUCAUUAACUGUGGCACCCUCUGACUUGCCAAGAGUGUGGACUCUGGGUUAGUAUGCUAUGCCGAUGGUUUCAGGCAGCCAUGAUUUUAGGAAGGCACGUAAUUUAUGUAUGUCGCAACUAUGAAGCAUGCAGACUAGCGAUCCUGUGUUUGCGGCCAUUUUAACUUGCAGGAAUGCUACUCUCAUUCACCACAUUCGUGGCUGUAGUACUUGUAGAAAUAUGCCGUAUUUAUCUCUCGGCACAGAAAAUGUACCCACAAAUUUAUCAGUCUAGCUAGACAUGCGACGAUGUGAGAAAUUUUCUGCUCAGAGCCUCCUUCAAGCUGAAGAAAUGCUGCCUUCAUUAUUUUACUCAUCAGUAAAAUACUUUCCAAGGCCCCUGCACGGGGAAUUGAGUAGGAAGCAUAGAAUCAAGCAAGCACAUACAAUCUCAUAGCAAUAUGAAGGUAGAGCAAGAAACACCAGCCAAGUGCACAGCCUAGAAAUUAGAGAAACAACCUUUGCUACUACUACUCAUCUUUCAGCACAGAAAAUAUGUCCACAAAUUUACCGGUUCAGCAGGACUUAAUGACUACACUUACUGCCUUGUUACCUGAAAAUUUGUGGCUGGAAUUUUUUUGCAAAUUUGUGUCCGUGUUGCACGCCAUUGCAGUGUGCCCAACAUUUGUUACUGGCUUCUGCAGCUACUCUUAUCGGUACCAUGGUGGAAGCAUGUGAGGGAUCUAUGAACAAGCCUUUAAAUGAGAGAGGCGACUUGCUGACGUUGUGUGUUUUUUGUGAUGGAUGUCGCAGGAUAGUGUAGGCCGUCUAUAAGGGCCCCACAGGCAUGGUAUAUAUACUAUGCUUUAGAAGAGCAUGCAAAACUGCGUUCCUAAGCUUAUUUUU